AUGGAGAGGUGUCACGGUCACUCCCCAACUCAGGAGUAUCCACAUCCUUUUGUACACGAGGUGAAAGUAACAACAGCUCAGAAGAUUAGGGGUAUCAUUCUGGGCUCAGUUUUAUUUCCAGUACGUGUGACGCUGGCCACACUCUUCUUCUUGAUCAUGUGGCCGAUAGCCCGGCUCCGAUUGGCCGGUUUGUCCGAGGAAGAGCGUGCGAAGCCGGUGGAGGGGUGGCGUCACUGGCUGUUCCAUCACGUGAUCCUGUUCCUCAGCCGGGCGGUCUUCUUUUCCGUGGGGUUCCUCUGGAUCAAGGUGAAGGGACGUCGCGCGGGGCUAACGGAGGCGCCCGUUUUGGCCGUGGCCCCACAUAGCGGGUUUCUGGACAUGCUGGUGCUUUGUCCCGCUGGUCUGGCCACCGUGGUCUCCCGAUCAGAAAACACCAAACUGCCCGUCAUAGGAGCACUGCUGGAGUUUAACCAGUCUGUGCUGGUGAACAGAAAGGAUCCAGAGUCCAGGAAGAAGUGUGUGGCUCAGAUAAAAGAGAGGCUAACGUCCGAGGGAUACUGGCCCCAGAUGCUGAUGUUCCCAGAAGGCACAACCACCAACGGCAGAGCGCUCAUCAAAUUCAAGCCGGGUGCAUUUUUAGCAGGUGUCCCUGUUCAACCAGUGUUGCUACACUACCCCAACAAACUGGACACUGUCCGCUGGACAUGGAAGGGAACAACCUGGGUUCAGUCUUUGUGGCACACCACCUCUCAGUUUUACACCAACGUCACAGUCGAGUUCCUGCCCGUGUACACACCCUCUGAGGAGGAGAAGGAAAAUCCUGAACUUUAUGCCGACAACGUUCAAAAACUUAUGGCCAAAGCUCUGGGAGUUCCUGCUACAGAUUACGUGAUGGAGGGGCGUUAUCCUGUCAAUAAGCUGGGAGGCCUCUCUCUCCCUCUGGAGUCUCCUGCAAGAGAGACCCUCAAAAAGCUCAACAAUAAUGGUCUCAGCACUGCGCAAGUAGAGACUGUGAUCAACAGCAUGAUCGACAGCUGUCAGUCAAGCCAGGGAACCAUGGUAACAGCAGACCACCUGACCACCCUGCUCGGUUUGAGUAACAGAGAGACGGCCAAAGAGAUUUCAGCUCUGUACUCCAAGGAUGAUAAAGUGGAUCUGAGGCAGAUUUGUCUGAGUGUGUCUGCAGUCAGUGGGCUCAGGAGUCUGGAAUCUCUCCUUCACACUGCGUUUACCCUAUACGACAGUGACAGCGAUGGUGUUUUGAGCGCAGAGGACCUGUCCGACCUGAUGGGAGCGCUAAUCGGAGUCCCCCAGUACAACACGGCAGAGAUGUAUGCAGAGUUGACCACCAGGGGGCAGCCCUCAGAGGCUGCUUUGAAAGAGUUAUUGACAACUCACCCCACCUACAGUAGAGUCAUCUCUGAAUACCUUCAGUCUGAGGAGGAGGGACUUAAAACGGAGACACUCUCCACAGCCAAUGGGAAGACACAAAACCGAACCGAACAUGGCAUAUCCAAUGGCACGUCCAAUGGGAAGCCAAAUGGGUCAGCCAAUGGAAUUUUCAAUGGCAGAAGCAUUGGGGAAUCAAAUGGAAUUUUCAAUGGCAGAAGCAUUGGGGAAUCCAAUGGAAUUUCAAAUGGAGUAUCCAAGAUGGCUGACUGA